GCCUACUGUCAGUUCACCGUGUUGACUCCGUACGGCUGCCGGACCCUAACAUCUUGGACACAACUGCACUAGGAAUGUCCCGACCAGCAGACCGGCAGCCGAGCACGGCGAGUAGACUGAAGGGCAAGGAGGUGGCGGCCCUGCAGCGCGCCCUGGAGAGUGAGAGAUCUGCCACGAGGGCGGCGCAGGAGCGAUGCCGAGAACUGCAGCAGACGCUCGACAGUGAACGGAGCGCUGGACGAGCGUGGCGCCGCGAGGUGGCGACCCAGGUCAGGGUGGCCAGGCAGCAAGAGGCUGACAAAUAUGCAGCCCUCCUAGACAACUUCAAAACAAGAAUGGAGUUGGCCCAGACCGAGGCAAUAGCAGCAGAAAAGGAGUCUAUCAAACGAUCCCUUACCGCAGAGUUCCAGCGGGAGUUUCACGCGCGUCAGGAGGAGUUGCGACGCGAGGCCAAGCAGCAAGUGGAGCUUCUGCAGGAACAACUCCGGGAGUCUCGGCGGGUGGAGUCGCCCCCUCGCAGCGAGGUGGAGGCGCUGGUACACUCCCUGCACGCGGAGUUCCACCGCAACCUCAACCAGAAACAGGACGAGUGGAAGAGGGAGCACCAGGCUCAGGUGGAGUCUCUGACCACGCAGCUAAGGGAAAUGCAGCGCCUCUACACCGACACCUGCAACAAACUAACGACUACAACGAACGAAGCCGAAAACAUACCCAAACUACGUCAGGAAAUACAAACCCUGAAACAUUACAAUAAAGACUUGGAAGAGAAGAUACAGAUGUUAACUGAAGCGGAUAGAAGGAAGGUCGAGGAUUUCCGCUCACAGCAUGAAGAGAAUUCUGCUAGAAUCGCAGAACUACAGAAAUCAGCGAGGAAGGAAACUUUUCAAUUGCUAGAGGAGAUGAAGAGCAAGGACCGAGUGAUAGACCAGCUACAGAGACAGUACCAUAUCCUGGCCACACGUCUAGACAAGAGUCUUUCACCUCAUGGCAGUCUGACGAGGUCUAGGAUGAUCUCGGAGACAUCUCUCAAGGAGCCGGAGAGGCCGGGGGAGCAUUCAAGACUUUGUAUCAAGCGCCCUAAACAACUUUCGUUUGCCUCUGACGUGAACAAACGAUUACGAGCUCAGGAAGGGCGAAAACCUCCGGACCCCCCAGGGCCAGACGUGGUUACGACGAAAAGAGAAGACGAUCAACCAAACAACGAACAAUCAAACUCGAAUUCCUGGGAACCGUCAAACGAGAAGGAAAAGAGCGAAACAGAAUCUUCCCAGAUAAUAAAUAUGUGGACCAAGAAGGUGGGACUGGAGACCCUGUACCAGCUACUGCUAGAGGAACACCAGGAGCUACAGAGGAGUCAUGUAGUGGCCAUCACGAGACUACGAGACGAGGAGAGACAGAGGACUAAGUUAGAGCAGCAACUUAGAGAGUGUCGGAGGGCCGAGGGAGACAAUCUGAUCAACUUGGCACUGGCAGAGCAAAUAACAGAGCUGCAGCAGCGACAGGCGGAGUUGGAGGCGGAGGCACAAGAGUUGCGAGAACAGAACGAUCUACUUGAGUUCCGCAUACUUGAGUUGGACGAUGGUGUCAGCUGUAGUAGUUUCCAUUAUAAGUCUCCUUCUAGCCGAAGUCCUGAUACCCGUGAUAGGGAAAUAGACGAUGUUAGCGACAGUGGAGUUAUGUCUUUACCAACAAGUGAAGAUAUCAGCGAAGCCGACUUUCAAGACUUUAAAAUGGAACCCAAUAACAGGGAUGUGAAGUGCAAGCUAGCCCAGCUGUGUCAGAGUCUAGAGAACGUGUCUGAGAGGAUCAGUAUCCAGCAGGCCUUGGCUCUGCUGCGUCACUACGAGACAAGACUGGAGAGUCUAGAGGCUACCCUAGCUGCCAUGUGUCAGGAGGCUGCACAGACAAAGGGUUUUGAGACUCAACCCUCAUUAAUGGACCAUGCCAAGUCCCCCAGCAGAAUAAUUGCAACAGUACUUCCUUUUAACGACUUGUCUUCCACAUAUCACUGUAAAGAUGUGAAGGAUGAAAUGCCUAUAAAACGGCUGUUGAGAGACCAAGACUGCAUGCAGGAAAGUGGGAUCUUUGAGGACAACGGACUAACAGCCUGUUUACUCAAUGUUGCCACUCAGACUGACUGGACCUUCGACCCUCCUCCGGGAGACCUGGGGGCCGAGAUACGCAAACUUACUCGGAUAAGGGAGAGAAUAGAAGAGAAAGGGGGAAACAAAAAGCUGCUUAAAACAUCUGAUGAUGAUCCUGAGUUCCUAACUCACACUACUUCUCUAAAAGAGUUGUUAUUCUACAGAGAGAGGGUACAAAUGUUGGAAGAGAAAAUAGCCAUAUACGAGAGUCAUGGAGAUGAGCAAUCUCGACUAUUAGCUUUAAGAUUAGAAAAAGAGGUACUUUUAGCUGCCCAAAUCAAACAUCUUCAAAGUACAUUGAGGAAAUUAAAAGAGCAAAACCGAUUACUAGAGGAAGAGAAAUGUGAGUUUGAAGAAGCUGAAAAUGAUACAAGAUUGAGGUGCCAAAAAUUAGAGGUUAAAUUAAGUGCAUUAGGAGAAAAGAAAAGUGAUUUGCAAGUACAAUUACAGCAAAAUGCUCGAACUAUGUCAAACCUACGAAGCUCUCUUUCAGAGGAAGAAAGAAAAAGAAAUGAGGCUAGACAGUAUGCAGCAAAAAUGGAAGCACUAGUGAACAAAUUAGAACAGCAAAAUUUUGAAAUGGAGGAGAAAGAAAUAGAAGUUCGUUACCGUCUACAUACAUUGGAAAAUAUAAUUCCAGCCAUGGUUAUGUAUUAUUUGUGGAGAAUGCUAAAUUCUGCCAGGCCUUACAUAUACAGUGAAAAUAGAAAAUUAGUUUCCCGCGGUUCAGUUAGUGAUACUCUCUUAAUUAAACCAAUUAAUUCUGAGCAAGAAAACAAAACUCUUUUUACCUCACCCGGAUUGCAAUCAUGCCACGAUAGUGAAAACUUAAGAAAAAGUUUAGAGGAGAUCAAAAGGUUUCUUACCCUCAAAGAAAAAGGAGAAGUGAUCAAUCCUAAUGUUCCUGGGACCUCCAGUGCAGCGAUCUUAGUUAUUGAAGAGUUAUCAAAUAAAUGUCAGGUGAUGGAUGAGCGGAUAAAAGAGUUAGAAUUCAAUGAAAAGGCUUACCAAGAAACCGUUCAAGCGGGAGAUGAAAUGUUAAUGAAAAUGGAACAAGAGUAUAAACAACAGCUGAAAUCCCUAGAAGAGGAACUGAGCCAAAAACAGGCUGAUAUUAUAAAGGCUGAGGCUCAAAUAAGGAGGUUGUCUAGAAACAAUGAUUUAGAAACACAGUUUCAAGAGCAAGUAAAUCAACUUGAGAAUGAAAUAUCUCGUUUAACAGAAAAAUUGGCACAAAAAGAUAAAGAGAAGAAAACAUUGCAAGAAAAGCAUGACAGGCUUUUUUCAGAGCGAGAAGAUGCUAUUGAUAAGUUAAAUAAUUUUAUUGAAAACAUAGAGAAACCACUAAGAGAAGAACUGGAUAUUGUUAAAAGAAAAAUUAGAGAUUUGUUAGGAGAUCUAGAUCUACGAGAACAAGAAAAAGUAGAAAUUGACGAAAUAAAUAGGAGUUUGGGAAAAGAGUUAAACCAGAGAGGCAGAGAACUAGACGAAAGUGAGGUUACGAUUAGCGAGUUGCGAGAAGAAGUGCAGACAUUAGAGAGGGAGGUUCUAGAGCUGCGUGCAGCGCUGAGUCAGGAGAGAGACAACAAUGAUCAGCUGAUGAUAGCAGUGGAGAGAGAGAGACAGCUGAGGGAUGUCCCCAGUCCUGGGAGUGACGCGCCCAGUCUGGCCGGCUCACUGCACGAGGAGCUCCUAGAUGCGGCUGAGCACCAUGUUGAUGUGAUGUCAACAAGGGAUGUUGCAGCUUCCAACACUCCACCUUCUCCUUCCACUAGUAGACUGAAUGACUGUUACAAAUCAGAGCAAAUAAUCAAAGAGUUUGAUCCAAACAACCCAAUUCCAGUCAAGUUUUUGGACAGAACAAUAUCAGCAUAUCAACAUUCCAGAAAUUGUUGGAAUUGUACAAAUACUUAUGCCCCACAGCUGAGGCAUAUAUUAAGUAUCCUACAAAAGACUGCUCCACAAAGUAAAAUGAACCAUACCUCUCCUGGCCUCCUUGAUGAUAACCUAGAGCAAACCCCAGCAAACCAGAGCCGUCCAGGCACAAAUCAAUCAUCUCCUUCUCUUACGGUAAUUAAUAACAAUACGGGUGAGGACCUGAGCUCCAUAGUGUCGGGGUUGGUAGCCAAGUGUCGAGCCAAGUGUCGAGUCAAGGACCACAUGAUCCGAUGCCUCGCUGACCAACUGCGCCCUUGUCCCUGGCUUUUCAAUGACCUGCUCAAGAACCUUAGUCUAGACCCAGUCCUCACCUAUGACUUCACCCGGAUCUCUCUCUACGAGUACAUUAACGGAACUCUCAAGCCGUCAAUCACUGAAAUUUCGGAGGGUGAUGACCCAGGCUACUCCAGUACUAACCCACUGCUGCUCUCUGUGGUGGACAAACCUGAUCCUUUCAGUCUGCUGGUAACCUGGACACCUCCCACGUCCAAUAAUGUUACAGUAUUUAAGAUAGUGGUAGUAGAUCAGGUGUGGGAGCGUAUCUACACCCCCGCUCGCACCUCCACUAUUCUGCAAUCCUUGGAUCUCAGGAAGCCUGUAACCAUCACAAUCUUUGCGCUGCAGCAGAACGGAGACGUGGUACAAGAACACUCCGUCCACUACCCUCCACGGACAACAUAGCUGCCCCUAGUCCACCCUUGUGUCUCUAGUCGUUUAUAUUUUACCAAUGUAUUACUAUUACUAACUAUUAAGAUUCCUAUUCACAUCCCUGUUUACUUGUAUAUAUGUACAUAACAAAAUCUCGUAUAAAUGUCCAUAGCUAUUUUCUUAACCGUUGUUUACCAUAUUACGAGUUAUAAUAAAUUGUUAUUCAAUCAAAA